AUGACCUCGCCGACGGCGUCGCCCGACAUGCCGGACACAGACAACCUGGCGGUUCUGCCGCCCAUUAAUACGGACUCCUCUGUCAAGUCUCCUCCAGGUGCAAAGAAUCGCUUGUCUACAUACUCCAAUGUGUCUUUUGCAUCGCAGAGCCGCUCGCGCCCGGGUUCCCACGUAUUUCCUAUCUUCCACUCCAGCCUGCCGUAUGCGCUCGUCCGUGACUUUGCUUACCCACCUAUCCACCCUUUACAUUACGGCCCACCCCCGCAGCCCUCCGGCGAUACCACACCCGCAAGUGAAUACCGCCGCUUGUCGGAUCCUCCGCCAUCAUGGGAUACAUCACGGGGCCCAUGGGUGGCGGGGCCGUGGAACACGGAAUCAACCCCUCCUCAAGGCCACCAGCAACUGCCAGCGAUGUCCUUCGGCGACGGUCCCCAUACAUGGCUCAACUGCAAACGGCAUAACGAGUGCCCCCCGGAGGGCCACUCGGACCGGGGCACUUUGGUUAGCAUAAAUGCCGAUGGCAGCGAGACAUACUAUGUCAAUGGUAGCGAUGGAUCAGAGAAUGGGCCCGGCGGAGAAUAUGUCACAUAUCCUGCUCAUGAAGGCCGGUAUUCGCACUAUGUCGCACAGCAAGGAUAUGCACCUGAUGUCGGCCUCCAAUCACCAGACGGGCUUUCUGGUGAAGAUCGAUAUGCGAACGACUACCAAUUCGCGGUCGGAUGCCCGGACGAAGAGAUGCAUGGGAAAGCCGUUGCGCUCUUCGAUUUCACGCGCGAGCACGAGAACGAACUCCCCCUCACAGAGGGACAAGUGAUCUAUGUCUCAUAUCGACACGGCGAGGGAUGGCUAGUUGCGGAAGAUCCCAAAACAGGCGAAAAUGGUCUUGUUCCAGAGCAAUUUGUACGGCUUCUCCGUGAUAUCGAAGGCGGCUUGACAUCGUUGAAUGGGGAGGAGCUUCACGCAGACUCGACGGAUACCAGUACAUCCAUGGAUAUGACCGACGAUGAUCGCAUCCCGACCCCUACUCAAAGCGGUCCAAUUGGCACAAGCGGUGCGGCCCAGGAGGACAAAACAGAAGAAUCUGCCAAAGUUGAUGACGCCAACGUCGUCGCUGGCACGACAGACAAACCCUGA